AUGGCUUCAACAACUUCGGCUGCUGUCCAGAAUGAUGGUAGCCCACAGAUUUUGAUGAACCACCCGGUGUCUCCUCAGGUGCGUGAUGCAACAACAUCACAGCUAGCGUCUCUAGACAGUUCCACACAAAUGGAUGACGCUAGUAUGACAUCAACUAAUCAACCAGUGUCAACCCAUCAAAAGUCAGAUACAGUAUCUAUGCAACCUAAUAUCACUCCUGGACCAACAUCAGUUAUCAUUACAGAUUAUCAACUUUCUCAAAUUCUAUCAAUGGUUGACCCAUCAUACAACAUGAAUAGCAAUAGUAAUUUUGCUAGAUGUACAGCUAGAUUUGAUGGUUCUAAGGAUGUAUAUGUUUUAGCUUUUAUAGAAGCUAUCGAGGUAUAUAAAGAAUGUGUUGCUAUGGAAGAGAAUAUCGCUCUUCGGGGAUUGCCCAUGUUAUUAACUGGAUUGGCUGCAACAUGGUGGCUAAGAGUGAAACAAUCAGUAUUGACCUGGACGAAAGCAAUGCAGUUGUUAAAACAUACUUAUGGUGCCCGUCUUCCACCGCAUAAAAUAUAUAGAGUAUUUUUUAUUAUACCGCAUAAAAUAUAUAGAGAACUGUUUAGUAAUGAGCAAGGCGAUGAAAGCACGGAUGUAUUUGUUUGUAUAGCAAGAGCCCAGCUAGCACAAUUACCACCAGGAACGUUAGCUGAGAAUCCUGUACAGUUAGGCAUGGUUUAUGGACUGCUGAAUAGGAAAAUACGUAAAAAGGUAAUCAGAUCCUCCUUUAAGACAUUUUCAGAGUUACUUGAAAAAGCACGUGCUGUAGAAGACCUUUUUGAAGAAGGACGAAUGAGACCAUAUAGUCGUCAGCAAAUUUCCUCUAAUAGAUCAUUAGGUGUAUCUUCAUCUACCCCUAAUAAUAAUAAGGCGCGACUAAAUGCGUCUGUUGCAACAAGUUAUAGUGGGAAUAAUUAG